UUUUUUUUGGUUUAAAUGACAACAACCCAAGAAAGCAUACCUGCAGCUUCUAAUAUUGGGCUGUGUCUGUCACAACUAAUUCUCAGCGGCAAUUACACAAACACCUUGGACUCAAUCUUUUCCCACCACUGUCAGCAGCAAUCCGACCCUGGUUUUCAGCCGCCGGGAUCGUCGUCGGUGUACCUCAGGCAGAGGGAUUUGGUGAACGGAUUCAGCCGCGCAAGCCCAUUGAUUUCGAGAGAUUUGAGACCGAGCAAGAUGUACAGAGGUGUGAGGCAGAGGCAGUGGGGCAAAUGGGUGGCGGAGAUAAGGCUGCCGCAGAACAGAGUCAGGGUGUGGCUCGGAACUUACGACACGGCGGAAGCGGCUGCUUACGCCUACGACAGGGCGGCGUACAAGCUCCGCGGCGAGUACGCCCGCCUCAAUUUUCCGAACUUGAGCGACCCGGCCCGGUUGGGGAUCGGCGACGGGGCCCGGAUCGAGAAGUUGAGGAAAGCCGUGGAUGCGAAGAUUGAGUCCGUGUUGCAGAAGGUGAAGAGGGAGAAGAAAGCGCGAAGAACAGCAAAAAAAUCGGAUGGUGGUAGCAGUAAAAUUACUGAUUCGAAGAGCGUGGUUGGAAGUGAAAUCGAGGGGGGGAAAGCUGAUUCUUCGGCGGCGAAUGCUGAGAGCUGGAGAGGCGGCGAUUCGCCGGCGGGGUCGGCGUCGUACGAGUGGUGUGGUGCGGUGGCGCAGGCGGGGGAAUUGGAGAGUGAGGGGUGGUCGCUUGCUCGGCUGCCGUCGUACGAUGCGGAAUUAAUAUGGCAAGUUCUUGCCAAUUAAUUAAUUAAUUAAUUAAUCAUCAUUUUCUGCGUUUUUGUAGGGGACUGUUUGGAUUCUUGAUCCAUAGAGAAUGUUUUAGGGAACUCUAAUAUAAAAUUAAUA